AUGAGAGUCAUGAGGAACGCAAUGAAGUCAGCAGGUGUUGGUGAGAAUGACAAAGGGGAUGGUGAGCCACACCAAGAAGCAGGUUUGGUGACAUUUAGUCACUGGCCAGAUGCCAUGGAGAGCAAACUGCUUAUUGGGGGCAGAAACAUCAUGGAUCACACCAACGAGCAGCAGAAGAUGUUGGAACUGAAGAGGCAGGAGAUUGCCGAGCAGAAACGCCGUGAGCGGGAGAUGCAGCAGGAGAUGAUGCUCCGAGAUGAGGAAACCAUGGAGCUGCGAGGCACCUACACGUCGCUGCAGCAGGAGGUGGAGGUCAAGACCAAGAAACUCAAGAAACUCUACGCCAAGCUGCAGGCGGUGAAGGCAGAGAUCCAGGACCAACAUGACGAGUACAUCCGCGUGCGGCAGGACCUGGAGGAGGCGCAGAACGAGCAGACCCGGGAGCUCAAACUCAAGUACCUAAUCAUCGAGAAUUUCAUCCCCCCUGAGGAGAAGAACAAGAUCAUGAACCGGCUUUUCCUGGACUGUGAGGAGGAGCAGUGGAAGUUCCAGCCGCUGGUGCCAGCUGGAGUGUAA